AUGAACAAAAUAACGAAAACAAGUAGAAAAUAUGGACUGGAUAUAACCACCAGCAAAACCAAGCUAAUGAUCAUCAGCAAGGAAAACAUAACUGGAGCAAAUCUGUAUGUAAACCAAAUGAGAAUUGAACGUGUCUUACAGUACAAUUACUUGGGAACUAUAAUUAAUGAGUUUUGGGACAAUACCCAAGAGAUUAAAUGUCGUAUCGGAAAGACAAAAAGUGCAUUCUUGACUAUGAGCUCUAUGUUCAAGAGCAAUGACCUCACCCUAGAAAUAAAAAUUAGGCUCCUUAAAUGUUACGUGUACUCGGUGCUUCUGUACGGAGUAAAAAUGUGGAAAUUGAAGGCGAAAACUCUAUCAACACUUCAGGCUUUUGAGCUAUGGUUAUACAUGAUUAUACUGAAGAUACCAUAGACAGACGAAGUCACCAGUGAAGAAGUACUGCGGAGGAUGAACACAACCGCGGAUUUGGUCAACAUCGUGAAGGGCAGUAAGCUUGGGACAUAUAAUGGGAAAUCAAGGCAGCUAUUAGCUACUCCAAUGCAUUUUGCAACUAAAAUUGAAGGAAAAAUGGCCUCAGGAACGAAAAAGAAUAUCCUGGCUUGCUAAUCUGAGAGCAUGGUACAAAAAACCUUAACACAGCUAUUCCGUAUAGCAACCAACAAAGUCAUCAUAGCCAGAAUUAACGCCAACGUUCGGAACGGACAGGCAACAUAA